AUGAGAUUGGCUGAAACGAUGGUUUACUUUUGGCAGAAGGAAGAUCGCUGCAGCCUUGACAGUGUUCGCCCCUGUAAGAUAUUCACCCGCACAUGUAGUGGUUGUUACCCCCAUCAGCCACAGUGCACUUAUGACAGGCACUCCCCAGCUUCGGACGCCCUUAGUUUCUCAAUUAUUGUCUUCGUCUUCCUUGCGAGGGUAUUGACUGUGCAGCACCACACUUCGAUCUCGACCUUCAAGAUGCCAGGAGGCAUUCACACUCCUAUAGAGGUGAUUCUGAAAUGGCCUACACCGAACUACGUCAACCCUGUUACCAGACCGGACACCAUGCUCCUGGUUGCAUGCGUAUGUGGUCCCAUAACCUUCGCCAUGUUGAUGGCCAGACUAUGGGUCAGGAUCUUCCACCAACGCAACCCAGGCUGGGAUGACUGGCUGGUGGUUGCCGGCACUAUUCCCACCAUCGCUUGUACGGUCAUUCUUCCGCUUGCAGCUCGCAGUGGAUUCGAUCGACACCUCUGGGACUUAGACAUUUUUCACAACCCUGAGCAGAUUGUGGUCGCGCGAAAAUACGUUCUUGCCAUUUUAUGCAUUUUUUGCACCGCAUCCGGUUUGAUCAAGAUCUCCAUCCUCCUAUUUUACCGUCGCCUGUCCGACCGAGUUGUCUCCAAGCGGUUUCGAAGUGCAACUUGGCUUACGAUCGGAUUCAUCGCCGGGUCGACCAUCGCGCUGACCAUCGCACCCAUUUUCGGUUGUGACCCAAUCUCAGCGUUUUGGGACCAAGUAAACUACAGCAAACUGAUCAAGGGGUACAAAUAUAGCUGCUUUGACGAAGGCGCAGACGUCUUCUCUGCGACGGUCAUUUCUACAGUCCAGGACUUGAUUACUGCCGUUCUGCCGACGUUCCUUUACUGGAACCUUCGCAUCCCCAUACGUCAGAAGAUUGCCCUGUUUGGCAUAUUCGCUCUUGGAUACGGUGUAGCUGCUCUAGGAGCUCUGCGUGCCUACUACAGCUGGCAGAUUUACUACAGUACUUACGAUGUGACCUGGGUUUCCUGGGACAUGUUCCUUAUCACGAUGCUUGAGCUGCACGUUGGUUUGUUUUGUGCCAAUGCACCUACACUGAAAGUUUUCUUCAAAUACUUCUUCCACGACAAGCUCACUUCGAGCAUCAAGAAAUCAAUCGGAUCUGGUCAAGGUGGUUUGAAGAAUAGCGAGCUCUCUGGCACACUGUCCAGCAAAUCGUCAGCGGGCAUACUCAAGGAGAAAGUAUCGAUAUUUUUCUCGAAGAGUACCAGCACACACGGUUAUCUGUCGGAGCCUCACGAAGAUGUCUCAGUGGAUGUACAUGGCGGAGUCCAAGUUAGAAGGGAGGUUCACAUUGCUCAUUCUCCAGCGCUCACCAUCGGCACUCAACCCACUCGACGCGAAUUGCGCGAAUCCACGGACACAACCGACAUGAUAUGUGCUCAAUACUACGAUGAUAUUGAGUUGGGUCGCUAUACCACAGGUCGUAAAUCGCAUGCUUCGAAUCUACAGUCUCAAGGUGUCCUGGAAGACGUAGAUAUCGAAGCGCUGCCCGCUAUGCCACAGAAACCCAGGUCGCCACGAUCGAUGAGACCCUUCAUGGCUUUCCACCAGGCACCCCCAUCACGGUCGUCAGCAAAUUCGGUAUGGCCAGCUUGGCCAUUACCAGCAACUAUUGCAGAAGAGGUACACGACAACGCACCUGGAUCGCAUCUAUCCCCUUCGCGGAACGCUAGCACGAGUACGCCACAAUGGCAAAACUGGACUUGA